AUGUGGCUUUCAAAUUCAAGUUGUGAGGAUGUGGUGUUCUUGGCUUGGGGUAGUGGAAAUGGGCACGGUGAUGGAGGAAAUAUUUUGAGGAAAGUGGAGAGGUGUGGGAAAGAUUUGGGGCAUUGGGAGAAAAAUGUUUUCGGUAAUGUAAGAAUGGAGUUGAAUCGGUUAAAGAAGGUUUUGGCCAAAGAGGAAAGGGCUGCAAUGUUUAGUGGGAACAAUUUUUGGGAUAGACAAAUUAAGAAAGAUAUUGAGGUUUUACAAGAGAGCGAAGCUACUAUGUGGGCUCAACGUUCUAGAGUUCUAUGGGCUAACCAAGGGGAUAAAAACUCAAAGUAUUUCCAUUGUUGUGCAACAAAGAGAUUCUGGAAAAACUCCUUGGAAGAAAUUAGAGAUGUGGAAGGGGUAUGGAGAACUAUUAAAGAAGAUGUGGGUGAAGUCUUGGUAAAUUACUACAAGUCACUAUUUACUUCAUCAAAGGGUAGUGUUUCCGCUAGCAUGCUUGAAUGUGUGCCUACAAUGAUUGAUGAAGAGAUGAAUGCAGCCCUAUGUAAGGAGUUUGAGGCGUGGGAAGUCAUUAGUGCCCUCCAACAAAUGACUCCCCUUAAAGCACCUGGACCUGAUGGUAUGCCGCCGCUCUUUUACCAACAUUUUUGGAGUACGGUAAAUCAUGAUGUAACUUCAUCCAUAUUGUCUUGGUUGAAUUUAGGUACCAUACCAUCUCCUUGA